AUGAACAAGGACAUGGCUAUGUCUAACAUGGAGAACGAGAACAUGGCGCCUUCCAUGGACAAAAUGGACAACAUGAACAUGAAGAAUAUGAAUGGCAUGAACGACAUGCAUAACAUGGAGCACAUGGACAACAUGAACGAGACGAUGAACAUGAAGCGCGAUAACCAAGAGGCUGGAGCCAUGGAUAAAACCAUGGAUGAAAGCAUGACUGGUGGAAUGAACAUGGACAUGGAUAUGCCUAUGACUGCGUAUCACGAACACAGCAUGUCAGAUGCUGUUGACGUUCGCAGCUAUCUCGACAGCAUCGAGUCACGUUCCCAGAAAUGCCCUCGCUAUCAAUGGCUACUAGAUUACCUACGGCGAGACCCCAAUUUCCUGGCCGAAAGGAUACAUCCCAUUGUGCCCGGAAAGACCCGUACCAUGGUGGCAGACUUUCUCUCAGACUCAACUACAUCACCGGUGAUAGAAUAUGCCAGUAACACCAAAGAUAUCGAGAAAGCCCUCGCGAAUCGGCCAGCUUCAGCUGUGGUGCGAUUGGUUUGUGUGGUCAGCACUAGCGGAGUUGGUGAACGAAUUCGAAAGCAGCAAAUCUCGAGGAGGUUCCAGACUCGCAUCUCGCGUCGAAAAAUCAAACCUGACCUUCGUGCACCUGUUGUGACGAGGGCACGCACCGCGGGCGUGUUCGGCAGUCACCCAAUAUGGGGACAUACUUCUUGCCUACCAGACCCUGCGGUCGUAGGCUGUGUGGCAGCAGCGAUUCGUCUCGACGCAGGAAUAUUGCUCCAGCACUUGGAUCAGCAGGAGCACUUGGUCUAUCAAAUGAUUUCGCGCAAAAAGCAACACGCAAGUCCCACUGGAAGCCAGGUAGCCUGGCUUGAUCCUAUUAGUCUCGGUGUGAAUCAGGAAAACUAUAUCACGGCAACAGUCCUCACCGAAUAUGUACCAGAACCAGCCGAAAAUAAUCCGACGAAAAACGAGCAACCUCAAUAUACUAUCUUUUUGCUGGUCAACGAGGAUAAUUGUCUUGGUAUUGACUUCAAUACCUACUCAACAACACUUGACCAGCUCGUUCAUGCUUAUGAAGGCACGCCUCAUGAGUCAUUCGAGGCAAGACUCCGGUCAAAAAACGAAGAGGAGCGAAGAGAUGUCCUCAAGGAUCCUAUCAUCUUGAUUUGGGACUACAUUGCUGCCCUGUCUAGUUCGUUUUCUUGUCAACUAGAGCUCUAUCGCCGCAGAUGGAAUAUCCUGUAUGAGCCGUACGCAAACACCUCAGUUGUGUACGGAGACGCAGGGGACCGAGACCACGUCCGAGAAGAAGCAAGGCAACUGUCGAUUCAUCUUCAGUACAUUCAGCGGUGUCUGCAGACUCUCAAUCAGGCUGUCUCCAGACAACAAACCAGAAACCCCACAGCUAACGAGUCCGGUCUGGAUGAAUUGAUCCAAGACUUUGAGCAGAUGCUCACUCAACUCGAGUCUUUAAAACUAGCAUAUGACACGUUCAUUGAGCAACAGGUCAGUAAAAUAUCCCUGUCGGAAGCACGGAAAUCCAUGACCGAGGCUCGCGAUCUCCAACGUUUGUCGUAUCUCGGCUUCGUCUUCGCACCCUUGAGCCUGGCUAGUUCUUUCUUCUCCAUUAAUAUUCGGCCUCUGGGAGGCCAUGCUCCUCUCUGGUUAUUCAUUGUCACCGCGAUGUCCAUCCUAAUUCUUUCCAUUCUGAUCUUGUUGUCGUUCACACCUCGAGUUCACAGGGCGUUGAAACGAGCCCGCGAACGUAUGGUCACUUUUCUGUCGACAUCUGAUCCACGAGACCUGGAGCCCAGCCUUCCACAGUUUGAAGACGACGGGAGACUUUCAAAGUUGGGUGAUCGAAUUGUUGAGAUCGGCCAUGUCGCUCCUGAAAAUCUACAGCAUGCGUCCCGACCGGAACGCUUUUCUCGGCCAAGUCCCCCGAGACCACAGAGACCAGGCACAGCGCAGAAAGUUCUGGCAUCUAUAUUCCAUGCCAAAGACGUUAAUGGUGAUAGAAAAAACCGCAGCGAAAGUCCGGGUAGAGUGACACGACGCGGUCAGCCACCUGUUCGCGAAGAGUUCGCCGACUUACCGAGAAAACGCGCCGGAUCUUCUGGGACUAACGUAAGGUCUACAGAGGAUGAAAGAGCAGGAGGCAGUGGAGAGGUGUGGGUUAUUGAGGAGGUCUAUAGGAGCACUUCGAAUCGCAAAAGAGAUAGCGAGGAGCAGUCCGAUCAGGAAGCUACGGGCAAGAAAAGUGAAGACGAAGCGAAUGAACGAAGGCGAAAGAGAAGAAGAAGAGGAAGGGGAAGAAAAGGGAGAAGAUAA